GUUUGUAUUACUUUAAAGAUGAGGGUGUUUAUCGUAACUUGACUUCCAAUAUUUUGCUAGAGCGAUGAUAAUGAAGCUCAUGGUUGAAAUCAACAAACGCCAGAUAAGAAGAGCAACCGGAGUCGGCAUAAAAAUGGGUGGUUUGAAAGCGGUGGCAGUCAUCACCGGCGGCGAAAGCUCCGUCAAAGGGUCUCUUCAGUUCUUCCAGGAAGCCAAUGGGGUAACUCAUGUGAGUGGUAAGAUAACAGGGCUCAAACCAGGUCUUCAUGGAUUCCAUAUUCAUGCUCUUGGUGAUACCACUAAUGGCUGCAUCUCCACAGGACCUCAUUUCAAUCCAUUAAAGAAUGAUCAUGGAGCUCCUCAAGAUGAUGUACGCCAUGCAGGCGAUUUGGGUAACAUUGUUGCUGGUGAAGACGGAAUUGCUAAUGUAUCAAUUGAGGAUAAACAUAUUCCACUAAUUGGGCAGCAUUCCAUUUUGGGGAGGGCAGUUGUUAUUCAUGCUGAUCCUGAUGAUCUUGGAAGAGGUGGACAUGAACUUAGCAAGACAACUGGUAAUGCUGGUGCUAGAGUUGGUUGUGGUGUUAUUGGACUUCAAUCUUCUGUGUAAGCUAGGCUCCUUUAUACUUUGUACAAUAUGCAUAUACUUGUUAAUCAUGUUAUGAGAUCCAAAAAAUGAACUAAAGAAGAUAAGAAACAUGUUAUUAGUUCACUUGCUUUGGUUGAAAUUAGGGAAGGAAUUGGGUGUUAUUUUCUUUUGAAACCAUUUUCUUCUACAAAGAAAAUAGACAUUGGGGAUGAUAGAGGUAAAUGAAUUGGCAAAAAUAUACCUCAUGUAUGGGGGAUAUGGUUACACUUGACGAUUUACUAACACCAUUUUGACAGAAGGUGCGAUUCAAAC